UGCAAGAUAGAGCUGUCAAAUAGGGAAUAAGUUAAGGAAUUCUCUUGCGGAAAGCAUAUUAACUUGUGUUAAGUUUUGUUGGCUUUUUCCAGAGUAUUGCUUCUUGGGGUCCUGAACAGUUAUGGACUGCUUAGCGAAGAGCCAUGGCCUCCACACUCUGUGCAAGUCCGCCUCCAUGAGAGAAGGCAUAUUUGGCAAGAAGAUGUUAUUUGGGGAUGAAUUGCAGAAUGGUGGUAUUUAUGUCACAGAAUAUAUAAAGAUGAGGAGAGGCAGGAGGAAAGCAGUAGUAGGGGGAACAGUGUCAGCAGCAGCGAGAGAAAUAGAUAAACCUGGAAGAAGAACAAGAAGUCAGUCUCUGAAGGAAAACCAGGAAAUUGAGAUUCUUCCAGUAGAUUCUGAAACAUGUGACAGAAGAUCUUUAUCAAAUAUACCCCAGAAGAAUGAAGCGAGCACAGCAUUCACUAGAGAAGGGUCACAUGAUUCUGCUAUCUCCUCAAACAGCUCAAAGUGGUCUGUUUCUAGCAGUAUCUCCAUAAUGAGCUGUGGAUCAACAAAAAUUUUGUCCAAGAAAAAGACAUCAAUUUUGAAUGUUGUGGAAGAGGAGCAUAGUACCAGAACAAAUGGGGAAAUAAGUGAUGCUACUCUUAGCUGGGUUAACAGCAUAUCUUCGGAGCGAAUCCGAUCAGCAAUGCCAGUUGUUCGAACUGGAACAGUGACAAACGGCCAUGUUGUCAGACAGUCCGUUAGUCGCUCGAUUGAUGGCUCAGAGACUGACAGUGGCUGUGACACAAAGAUGGCAGAUGAUGUUCUGUUCAGUCAUUAUGGGUUGGAAGUAUUAAUUCAUCUUAGUACAUUUUUAAUUAUCGCAUCAACAGUGUCUACAGAAGUGUAUCUGAGAUCGGCCCCAAAAGAAGAAAGUACAUUAACUAUCAAAAACCCAUUACUAUUGCAAAUAGUGGUCUACCUUAUCAUUGGAAUUAUAUCUGACCUGAUAUCCCCUACAGUAGCUCUACUUUCAACUCAUUUAACUGCUGUAGGAAUAUGCCUGCUAAACUAUUUGACACCGAGCCAUGUCUCAAUAUCUUACCUGCCUUUUUUAAACUCAGGGUAUUUAGGAUCUCAAGUGAUAGCAGCAUCCUUCAGACAGGUUUUUGGUCUGGAGGGAAUGCUGGCAAGGGUUGGACUGGUGUAUGGUUUAGCCAGUUUUGUAUGUCCCCAAAUCAUAGCCAUUUCCACUGAGUAUCUAGGGGCCACCCUUAACUACAUAGUAGUUGCCCUUGCCAGCCUCCUGAGUAUAACUGCAGGGCUUAGACUAUUGCCCAGUAGCUUCAGAGCUUGCGUCUACCAAAGACCCUCGUUGAGAACUGACGUUGGAUGGCUUCAUUUCCUCGGAUUUCUAUUAAUGAAAGUUUUCCUGACCAUUCCACUGGCCCUUCUGCUUCCUCUCUUUCAAGGAAUGAUUCAAGAUGGCAGUUAUAUUGAGGGAGUCAGCUUGUCUAUGAUAGUAACGGUUGGACUCCUGUGUAUGCAAGCUGUGGUGACUCCUGUGCUUUUGGUCUUCACCUCCCCAGCGACUAUCACUAUAAUUGUGACUGCCAUCCUUACACUGAUCUAUCCGGCAUUGCUGAUUAUCUUUGAAGGUUUAAGCCAACACCUGAUCAUUGUUAUGAUUCCUCUUUGUGGGAUGGUGAGUGUAGCUCAGGUCAUGGUCCUUUCGGCUUCCAUCAACUGCUUCCCCAGGCUGAAAGGUAUCGUGCUGGCAGCCCAUCUUAUAAUACACCUCAUAGUCAGAUACUUGGUUACUCAAGGAGCUGAAUACUUGUCAGUCCUCUGCAGAUUCAGUAGAGUAAAUUUGGAUUCGGUGAACUUUUCACAGUGGGCUGUGCAGAUUCUGAGUUUUGUGAAAAUGGAAAAUCUUGUUCCAGAUCUCCAUAUUGAAAUGUUAUCAUGUGAUAAUAUUCAUUUAGAAACUUUGGCCUUGACAGGUUUUGUUUGUUCAGUCAUUCUUCUAGUACUAAGUCUGUCUUUAAUGAGGCAUUAAUUUUGAUUAAAAAAAAAUUGUACCAUUCCCUUUACAAAAGGAUUUUGGAAUUAUUUGCCAAUCUCAUUCAUGUUCUGUGAUACUUUUAGCUUUUAUUUAAGGACAGAUCUCUUUGGGUAAGUCCCCAUGUGAAAUCAAAAUGGGUGAAAACUGCCUUUACUGUGAUUUUGUAACCAAAUAUUGUUUACAUGUUAUUUUUCUUCAAAAAUUACCAAAACUUUUCUAAAUGACAACAGAAGCUCAACAUACAGUUGCAUUGUACACUGCACAAAAAAUGUGAUAUUUUUUUCUCUUAGCUUAGGAUUAAAGUUCUUUUUUUAUAAUUUUAUAGUACAGUAUAUAUUUGUCUUAUCUAAGGUUGUUUUUCACAGAUCUGCUAUAAAAGUCAUUUUCUCAAUUUUUUGUCAAAUAAUUUCAACCAGCCAACACAUGCAUAAAAUAUCUCCACUGACUGCAGCUCUCUCUCCUAUAUUGUUUUGCUGUCCAAUGGUGAGGCCAGGAGAAUUUGUCACAAAUGGAUUACUGGUACAUUUUGUUCUGUGUGUUUUGCAGGUAUUUGACUGUAUGAUAAUCAUGGUGUCAAACAAAUGAAAUUACAAAUUUCCAUAAAACAAAGCAAAGGAGAAAAUUAGUAAGGAAUCUUGCAACAUAGUUUGUUGUGGUUAUUAUUUUAUGUUUAUCCAAUGAGCCUUGUAGCCUUAUAGAGGAUUUUUUUCUCUGUUUAGUAGCUGAUUUUAUAUUGUAUAAAAUGAUAAAUGGAAGAAGAAAAGUAAAACAUCUUUUAUAGGUAUGGAAUUACUUUCACUAAAUGUUGUGGAUUUUUUAUUUUAUAUGCAUUGCUCUUUCCUCUUUGAUAUUGUAAUUUUUAAAAGUCUUGUCAGUAUACUGAUGCUGUUUGCCAUUAGAGCUCCUUCUUUUCAUAAAAUGGAUCAAAUUUAUAUCCUUGAAGAUUUGUUUCCUGGUUAAGAACGUAUGUGCAUGGACUUGUAGUUCACAUUGAGGAUAUUUU